AUGAAGAAAGUCAACUUUGUGUCUGCUGAGGAGAUGGAACCAGUCCAAGAAGGGGAGGAUACACAAUUUGCUGAGGUGUGCUACAUGAGCAAUGGGCAAGGAGGUUACAACAAAGGAUACUAUAAUUACAAGUCCAACCCUGCCAUGUCAUACCGCAACACUGAUGUUGCUAACCCUCAGGACCAAGUCUAUAUCCUCAACAACAAGCAGCUCGAUCGAGUCAGGCUUCCCCACCAACCGCCCCAGCCUGCACCUUCACAAGAGAAUGAGCUCAAGGCAAUGCUAAAGCAACUACUUCAAGGGCAAGCUGAUGGGGUAGUGGACACAAGCAAGAAGCUAGCUGAAAUAAACUCUAAGAUCGAGAACCUCAACACAAGGGUUUACUCUCUGGAGAAUCAUGCUUCUUCUGUUGCUGCUGCUACAAAGCAAGGACAACUACCUGGUAAAGCUAUUCAGAACCCCAAGGAACAGUGCAAGGUCAUCUUCACUCAAGAAGGACUUGUUGAAGAAGAGGAUCAAGAAAGGGUCAUUGAAGAUUUUUGUUUACUGCUGAAUGAUGAAGAGAUUGUUGCUGCUGAGGCUCCUGGAGUCCAGAUUGAUCAACCAGAAGUGCAGGCACCUACUGUGGCCAUUCACACUUCACCAGUUGAGCUCGCACAACAAGCUCGAUCGGCAGCUCGAUCGAGUCCAACUCUAGCUCGAUCGAGUCCGACCUCUUCUGUCCGACAGCCAGUUUUGCUUGAUCCUUACCAACCGGUUGCCGCUUCCUCGUCUCGCCUACUUAGUCAAGGUCACAAGGAAGUGAUUCACAAGUUCAGAAGAGAUCUCAGUGGGAUUGGAAUUGAGUUGCCUCCUAUGGAUAGCAUGAGUGAGGCAUUUGAUCAAAUGCAAAUGGUCAAGGAUGUUCUAGCCAACAGUGAUAAAGUUUCAGAGGUCCUACAAGAGUCUACUCAUCAGUUCAACCUGCUUACUUCACCCACCUUCCUACCAAAGGUCAAGGAUCAAGGGAAAUUCACUCUCCCUUGCACACUUGGGCAUCUUGAGAUUGACAAUGCCUUAGUGGAUUCUGGAGCAAGCAUCAAUCUGAUCUCUCUCUCCAUGGCAGAGAAGCUAGGCAUUGCUGGAGCCUUGCAGCGCCCUACUACUUCAAUCAUGUUUGGAGAUGCAACUUCUAAGUCUCCUCUUGGAGUGUUCAAGAACUAUCACUUGAAAAUUGGAGAAUGCAUCAUCCAAACUGAUCUCACUGUGAUGGAAAUGGAAGAAGAGAAGGAUUUGCCUCUGUUAUUGGGAACCCCUUUCCUUAGUACAGUUGGCGCUUCAAUAGACUUUCACAAGCAAGAAGUGAUCCUUCACAAGGUGAAUAGUUUGGUGUCAUAUCGCUUGCAGCCUAGAGGUUCAGACUUUUGUGCCACAAUUGACAGUACCACUCUCAGUUCUAAGAGUCAUGGAGCUACAAAGGUUGUGAAGGAAAGGGUUGACAAAGAACCAAGAGUUGGGAAGGAUAAGGAUGAGAGAGGACCAAGGAUUGAGAAGCCACGUCUUGAGAGGGCUAGAGUUGAGAAACCACGUUCUGAUAGACCACGAGCUGAUAGACUUGUUCAAGCCCCUUGUGUGCUUGAUGAAGAAGCCUUCAAGCUUUGUUUGAUGAGCCACUAG